AUGUCUUCUCCCGCCUCACUCCCUCUUGUUCUCGUCACCGGUGCCAGCCAGGGCAUCGGACGUGCCGUUGCUCAAGCCCUCGCCGGCAAGCACAACUAUCACGUUCUUCUUGGAGUUCGGAACCCACAGUCUGGUGAGACUGUGGCGGCUCCUCUCCGCGAUGCUGGUCACCAGGCUUCGGUUGUGCAGCUUGACCUGACCUCUCCGACAUCAAUUGAGGCGACUAUCAAAUAUAUCCAAACGCGAUUCGGAUACCUUGACGUUCUCAUUAACAAUGCUGGCAUCCUUAUCGAUCAUCAUGAGGGUCAAACCACUUGGGACCUCUUCACCAAGACAUUCACGACCAACGUUAUCGGUACAGCCACCUUGACCGAAGGCUUGGUCCCGCUUCUUCGGAAAGCCAAGGCUGGGCCUCCUCGGGUUGUUUUCGUUAGCAGCGUCAUGGGAAGCCUGGAACGAUCCACAGACAAGACAACGCCCUACUAUCCCAUCGACUACAAGGCCUACGACGCGAGCAAGGCGGCUGUCAACAUGCUCACCCUGAACUAUGCGCGAAUCUUGGAUGACGCUGGAGGAAAGGUCAACUGUGUCUGCCCCGGUUAUGUCAAGACAGCUCUGACCGAUUUCAACGAGUACGGUCAUAGCCCUGAAGUCGGAGCAGAACGCAUCGUCGAGUUGGCUACCCUGGGUGAAGACGGACCAACUAGGACAUACAGCGACCGAAACGGUCCUCUUCCCUGGUAA